UUGCUCCUCCUUCUGUCUCACACACUCUCCCUUCCAGCAGAUAGAACAGGCGAUUUGCCUUUUUAGCCCUUCUUUUGCUUUCCCUUUUCAAUUUCAACUUUUUUCAAGAGCAUUUUCUUUCACCUUAAGCUACAGCUCAGAGUUUAUCCGGUUUCACCUGAGCUCCACUUACGACCAGAUGAGCAGACAGCGGAAUGAAAAAGACUAAACUAAAAUACAAGAGGUGGUGGUAAACCAACUGUAACUGAUGAAGAUGGACCUGCUCACAAUCUUCUGUCACCUCCUGCUUAUAUGUUUUGAUCCAUCUGCAGCCACAAGCCUCAUUACAGCGGACAUAUUCGAAGCGAGAGGUCAACGUGUGUGCAAGGCAGGAACGGGGAAACCGUGUUAUAAGCUGGCCUAUUUCUCUGAGCUCCGGCGGAGGCUGAACUUUGUGGAGGCAGAGCUCGCCUGCAGGCGGGACGGAGGGCAGCUGCUGAGCGUGGAGUCGGAGUCUGAGCAGAAGAUCAUAGAGCAACUCAUCACAGAGCUCCGCCCAACCGAUGGAGAUUUCUGGAUCGGCCUCCGCCGUAACCAUGGAGACGAGAAUAGCAGCUCAGACUGCUCCCCACAGUACUACUGGUUGGACGGCAGCAAGUCCUCAUUUAGGAACUGGCACUGGGAUGAGCCGUCAUGCGGCUAUGAGGUGUGUGUGGUGAUGUAUCACCAGCCGUCCGCUCCUCCUGGUCUAGGGGGGCUCUACAUGUUCCAGUGGAACGACGACAAUUGCGAAACCAAGAACAACUUCAUCUGCAAGUACACUGCAGAGAAGCCGGUGGACCUUUCCCCUUCUCCCAACUCCACUCAAACAAAUGUCUUUACUUCACCUGUCGUACCAUGGAAUCCAAGUGACCACAACCAUAACAGUACAGCUUUGAACUUGGUUUACAUCAUUAUUCCCACCAUUCCUCUGAUACUGCUGUUACUGACAGUGACUGGAGUCUGCUGCUUCAAACUGAUUGUCAGACGAAAGAGGAAAGAGCAGAAAUCAGAAUUAUGCCAGACAGACCCGGGCCUCUGCCCAAGCACGACUCCGACUGACGUCUACAACGUCAUCCGCUCCCAGAAGGACGAUGACCUGGUUUCAGCUCGCCCGCACACCAAAAACACCUCCUUUUUAUGCUCCUCCCCUGAUACACCGACGGGUGACUACGACAACCUGGGCGGUCGGGACACUGAAAGCGGCUUUGUGACGCUUGCCAGCACAGAGAGCUGCUUCCUCAACUUUGACCUCAAUGACCUCAGCCUUGGGCGUCGUGGCACCUUCUACGACACAAGCUUGGGUCGCUCUGGAAAAAGGGACUUGAAUGAUAGCAGUCUUGGUUGCACCGGGCACAGAGAGUUUUAUGACAGAAGUCUGGGUCGACGCACAACUAAGAGUGAGCAUUAUGGCAGCAGUGUGUACGGGGACCAUGGAUUGUAUGACGGCAGUAUCAGAGGAGGGACUGACCUCUAUGAUCCCAAACUGAGGCUUGGAAGUCGCACAGUAAAGGCUGACCUCUAUCAGACAUACGUCACCAGCGGCAAGGAAGACACUUACCAAACCAGCCUCGGAACCUAUGGAAACCGAAAAUCCUACCAAGCAAAUCUGGAUUGCUACAGAAACGGCCUGACUCUUGAUGGCAGAGGGAGAUACUUCAAUGAACAAGAAUGGAUCAACAGAGAAAACUACUGAUUGUGUGCACAGUGUGUAAUUGUGGACAGGGAUGAGAAAACUGUGCACGUACGUGGUUGUAAUUGUGUGUACCGGAUAUAUUUCUGAUGGCUUUUAGGGAUUAAAGUCAGGUGAGGACAUGCUCAAAUUAUAUUUUGUCACUGGCCACACAAUUGAACCUGCUGCCCAAUGGUAGACUAGAGCCAUGUGGCAAUUAGUUUGUGGUAAUCUAACACAAAUUUGUUUAGGAAUAUGAACAUUAUAUGAAAAUCAGUUCACCCAUAAUAUUUUCUGACUUCUAAUCAUGCAGAUAGUUUUGUGUCCUUGAGAUUUCUGCCUCGACCCCAGUUUAAGGAAUAAAUAACAACAUAUCUUUUCAGAAACAAUGUUCAGAAACAAUUCACAGAUGUACAGCUUUCACUGUAACUACUUCCUGUAACUACUUUCUAAGAAAGAUUCUACGGAUUAUCAGGGACAAAUUUCCUGGACAGACACACUAAUGCUGAUUUUUUUUAAUGAAAACUUUCAGUGCAGUCCUUUCACCUUUAUUAUGUUGGGGUGUCGGCAGAAAUCACAAAGACAAUUAUCUCAAAACCUGGACGAAUAAAAUCAAAACUAUCUGCAUGGUUAGCUGCUGCAGCACUUUAGGCAAGUGAGGAAAAAAAGCUUUUUGUAAUCUGAGUGAACCAACCCUUUACAGGAAUAUUGAGAUUAGAUAUUAAAGGGGAAGUCCACCGAUUUUACAAAUCACAGUCCGCUUACAAGUCUUAGAGAGUGCUGCUGCGUAUGUGAAAGUAUAAACUUCUGUGGCUCCAGAGGGAGCUGCAAGAAAUUUGAUAAGUGAUGUCACUAGCGUCAGUUGUGUUGAAAAGUGUGGAAAUUAAUGAAAACUGGAGUUAGACAGAAGUGAGCUUACGUCUAUAGCUUGCCCCUCAUCUCUACUUGAGGCUAGUGGCUCGAGGCUACAUUAGCAAAGACAAGCAUAACACACCCAAAGCCAGAUGACUUUGUCAAGUAAUCACAUGGAGCGUCUGAGUGAUUAUGAGUGACGUUUACAGUGUGUGUGUCCACAUGCCUGUGUAGCAGCUUGUUUGCAUGUCCUUGUCAUGCUGCCCUUGAUACCUAUUGAGGUCUUGGAUCCUUAUGUUUGCUGUGUCUGAAAAUAUUGUUAUAAUCAUACCCAGGUUGGUUGAUAUAAACAGGCUACCUCAAACAGAUUUGAAGACACAAUUAACCAAUACUGCUUGAGGCAGCCGAGGCUGGACAAUUUUUAUGUACUGCAAAUGUGUUUUGACAUAAACUUGCCUUAAAUUCUAAGAUGUCUAGAACCUGAAUUGAUUUUCAUUGACUGAUUGUUCCCUUAUUUAUUAAUGGCCUUUCGUCUCCUAUUGUGUAAAUCAAAGUCAGUUAAAAACAAUGCUAACAAGUGGAAAAGUGGCUCAUACAUUACAUUCAGCUUGAGUGCCUGCAGCCUGACCACAGCAAUGGCAUGAUAUUGAAGAGAAUGAUAAAAUAUAGCAUCUUUAUUAUUUAUUCAGAAUGUAUAAUGCCUUGACAUCUCUCCUGUAAGCGAGAGUGGUUUGUAUGUUUGUUACAUAAGAAAUCUUGGAAUCUGUCUGAGUGUAGGUUGCAUUGAUUUUAAUGUCCCAAUAAAAACAGAAGGGUUGUA